GCUCACUGUCUCUGCCUGUCUGCCAGGGUCUCUGGCGCCCCAGACCGGAGGUGUGAGCUCGGGAUCCUCCUGGUGACCUCUCCAGUCAAGGUCCCGCAGCCACUCUGCCCCAAGAUGGGCCGUGGGGCCGGCCGCGAGUACUCCCCUGCAGCCACCACUGCAGAAAAUGGAGGUGGCAAGAAGAAGCAGAAGGAGAAGGAGCUGGAUGAGCUGAAGAAGGAGGUGGCCAUGGAUGACCACAAGCUGUCCUUGGAUGAGCUGGGCCGCAAGUACCAAGUGGAUCUGUCCAAGGGCCUCACCAACCAGAGGGCCCAGGACAUUCUGGCUCGGGAUGGGCCCAACGCCCUCACCCCGCCCCCAACAACCCCGGAGUGGGUCAAGUUCUGUCGCCAGCUUUUCGGGGGCUUCUCCAUCCUGCUGUGGAUCGGGGCCAUCCUCUGCUUCCUGGCCUACGGCAUCCAGGCUGCCAUGGAGGAUGAACCAUCCAAUGACAAUCUCUACCUGGGUGUGGUUCUGGCAGCUGUGGUCAUUGUCACGGGCUGCUUCUCCUACUACCAGGAAGCCAAGAGCUCCAAGAUCAUGGACUCUUUCAAGAACAUGGUGCCUCAGCAAGCCCUCGUGGUGCGGGAAGGAGAGAAGAUGCAGAUCAACGCAGAGGAGGUGGUGGUGGGAGACCUGGUGGAGGUCAAGGGUGGAGACCGUGUGCCAGCCGACCUCCGGAUCAUCUCCUCUCAUGGCUGUAAGGUGGAUAACUCAUCACUGACAGGCGAGUCAGAGCCUCAGACCCGCUCCCCCGAGUUCACCCACGAGAACCCGCUGGAGACCCGCAAUAUCUGUUUCUUCUCUACCAACUGUGUGGAAGGCACUGCCAGAGGCAUCGUGAUUGCCACCGGUGACCGCACGGUGAUGGGCCGCAUAGCCACUCUGGCCUCAGGCCUGGAGGUUGGGCGGACACCCAUAGCCAUGGAGAUUGAGCACUUCAUCCAGCUGAUCACAGGGGUAGCUGUGUUCCUGGGGGUCUCCUUCUUCGUGCUGUCCCUUAUCCUGGGCUACAGCUGGCUGGAGGCUGUUAUCUUCCUCAUCGGCAUCAUCGUGGCCAAUGUGCCUGAGGGUCUGCUGGCCACUGUCACGGUGUGUUUGACCCUGACGGCCAAGCGCAUGGCUCGGAAGAACUGCCUGGUGAAGAACCUGGAGGCGGUGGAGACGCUGGGCUCCACCUCCACCAUCUGUUCAGACAAGACGGGCACCCUCACCCAGAACCGCAUGACCGUCGCCCAUAUGUGGUUUGACAACCAGAUCCAUGAGGCUGACACCACGGAAGACCAGUCUGGGGCCACGUUUGACAAACGAUCCCCCACAUGGACGGCCCUGUCCCGGAUUGCUGGUCUCUGCAACCGUGCUGUCUUCAAGGCUGGGCAGGAGAACAUCUCUGUGUCUAAGCGGGAUACAGCCGGUGAUGCCUCUGAGUCAGCUCUGCUCAAGUGCAUUGAACUGUCCUGUGGGUCCGUGAGGAAGAUGAGGGAUAGAAACCCCAAGGUGGCAGAGAUCCCUUUCAACUCAACCAACAAGUAUCAGCUGUCCAUCCACGAGCGAGAAGACAACCCCCAGAGCCAUGUGCUGGUGAUGAAGGGGGCCCCAGAGCGCAUCCUGGACCGGUGCUCCUCCAUCUUGGUGCAGGGCAAAGAGAUCCCUCUGGACAAGGAGAUGCAGGAUGCCUUCCAGAAUGCCUACCUGGAGCUGGGAGGACUGGGCGAGCGUGUGCUGGGCUUCUGUCAAUUGAAUCUGCCCUCUGGAAAGUUUCCUCGGGGCUUCAAAUUCGACACAGAUGAGCUGAACUUUCCCACGGAGAAGCUCUGCUUCGUGGGGCUCAUGUCCAUGAUUGACCCUCCACGGGCUGCUGUGCCGGAUGCUGUGGGCAAGUGCCGGAGUGCAGGCAUCAAGGUGAUCAUGGUGACUGGGGACCACCCUAUCACAGCCAAGGCCAUUGCCAAAGGCGUGGGCAUCAUCUCAGAGGGCAAUGAGACUGUGGAGGACAUUGCUGCCCGGCUCAACAUUCCUGUCAGCCAGGUCAACCCCAGAGAAGCCAAGGCGUGUGUGGUGCACGGCUCUGACCUGAAGGACAUGACGUCAGAGCAGCUGGAUGAAAUCCUCAAGAACCACACAGAGAUCGUCUUUGCCCGGACGUCUCCUCAGCAGAAGCUCAUCAUCGUGGAGGGCUGUCAGAGGCAGGGAGCCAUUGUGGCGGUGACUGGGGACGGGGUGAACGACUCCCCUGCGCUGAAGAAGGCGGACAUCGGCAUCGCCAUGGGCAUCGCCGGCUCUGACGUGUCUAAGCAGGCGGCCGACAUGAUCCUGCUGGACGACAACUUUGCCUCCAUCGUCACGGGCGUGGAGGAGGGCCGCCUGAUCUUUGACAACCUGAAGAAAUCCAUCGCCUACACCCUGACCAGCAACAUCCCCGAGAUCACCCCCUUCCUGCUCUUCAUCAUCGCCAACAUCCCCCUGCCUCUGGGCACCGUGACCAUCCUCUGCAUUGACCUGGGCACCGACAUGGUCCCUGCCAUCUCCUUGGCCUAUGAGGCAGCUGAGAGCGACAUCAUGAAACGGCAGCCGAGGAACCCGCAGACUGACAAGCUGGUGAAUGAGAGACUCAUCAGCAUGGCCUAUGGACAGAUCGGGAUGAUCCAGGCACUGGGUGGCUUCUUCACCUACUUCGUGAUCCUGGCAGAGAACGGCUUCCUGCCUUCACGGCUACUGGGAAUCCGCCUUGAUUGGGAUGACCGAUCCAUGAAUGACCUGGAGGACAGCUAUGGACAGGAGUGGACCUAUGAGCAGCGGAAGGUGGUGGAGUUCACGUGCCACACGGCCUUCUUUGCCAGCAUCGUGGUCGUGCAGUGGGCGGACCUCAUCAUCUGCAAGACCCGCCGCAACUCAGUCUUCCAGCAGGGCAUGAAGAACAAGAUUCUGAUUUUUGGGCUCCUGGAGGAGACAGCACUGGCGGCCUUUCUGUCUUACUGCCCGGGCAUGGGUGUGGCCCUCCGCAUGUACCCCCUCAAGGUCACCUGGUGGUUCUGCGCCUUCCCCUACAGCCUCCUCAUCUUCAUCUACGAUGAGGUCCGCAAGUUGAUCCUGCGACGAUAUCCUGGGGGCUGGGUGGAGAAGGAGACAUACUACUGAGCCCGUUGGAAGGACGAACCAGGCACGGGAAAGAUGGGGUGGCCCGGAAGUGUUGGGGAGGGUGGAAGACCCUGGGGUGGUACUGGGGGUGGGGGGGAGGAGACAGAAGGAGGCCACACAGCAGGCAGGGUUGGGGGAGUGGGUCACUCGGCCUGAGGUGGUUGCUCAAAGGCCUAACCCGGAGCCAUCAGCUUAGACACCACGUGUCAGGGCCCCUCCCCAGACCCUGCUGCACUCUACCUCUCUAAGGAAUUGAGGGGUACCCCAGCCCUCCCCAGUCCCUUCCCCCCGCCCACCUCCCACUAGAACAGAUCAAGGGGAAUGGCAGGAACCUGUCUAAACUGGGAGGAGGGCAACUGUCUCAGAUCACCAGUGUCUCUUUAGCCCUCCAGCUUCACCCCACUUCCCACCUUCACACCCCCCCUUUGCUUCCUACCCAACUCUGUCCCCUACCACCACCCGCCCCCCCCCCACCCCGUGACCAGGAAAUCACAAACAGUCCCUCCGGGUGAGUGCCAGGGCCUGCCGCCAGAAAGGGAAGCUGGCUGGAGAGGAAGCGCCAGAGGAGAGCUGGGUGGACAGGUGGGAGGGUGGGGUGUGGCGGAGGAGGGGGACAGGAAAGGAGAAAUGACGUCAAUGACAGGACGUCGGACACAGGUGUCUGGGCUCCAGCUUUGUGUCCUGCCCUUUAGAGCCCUCUGCCAGCAGACCAAAUUCCCAUGUCACCAGAAUAGCCACAGAGGCGGGACCAGGAAGCCAUCCCAGGAGCUUCACUUGCGAUGCUGUACCCACGUGCCCCUGGCAUUUCCCACUGCCCCUUGGUUUGUGGUCUUUUGGUCCCCGAGGCCCAGGUGUCACAGACGCUUCGGCUUUCUCCACCACUCGCUCUUGGUCACACCUGCCCUUUAGAUCACUGUGUCCUCAGAAGUUCCAGGUAGUGCUGAGCGGGAUGCUUCCAGCGCUCCCCUAUCCCCUACUCCCCCCACCCCCGCUUCACGCCCUUCCAGAUGAGCCUGUGUCACUCCCAGGCACUGCCAAGCAAGCCCUGGAAAAGUAGGUCCCUGGCCAUCAGCUAGAAUUAGGAUGGAGAAUUUCUCAGAAACUUACCCUCUUCCAGGGACAUACAGAAUCAGCUUAGGUCAUGGACAUGGUUAGAAGCUCUGGACAAUAAGAGGGAAAGAGGCGUUCCCGUCAUGACUCAGUGGUUAACAAAUCCAACUAGUAUCCGUG